AUGCCUCCCAAGAAAACAAAUAAUAAAGCCCAAACGUUGACAGCUCGAGAUAUUGAGAUCAUUGACACUAUUUUGCAAGCUUGCCCUCCUCAUUCGAAACCCAAAAUAGAUUGGACUACUGUCGCACCCAAAUUAGGGUUGAAAAAUGAACCGUCAGCUAAGGAAACCUUCCGUAUUCUCUGCAAAAAGAGAAACUGGUUCACCGCGAUUGACUCCGAGUCUAAACCUGAGCCUAAAUCUUCUUUGAACCCUCGAAAAGAAGCCGCUGCUCAGGACGAGAAGGCUUCCAAUAUUAAAUAUAAUACAAGAGGUCGUACUAAGAAGGAACCCCGAGCGGAGCUCAGGCCCAGCACUACCAAGCUCACCGAGACUACUGAGAGUGAGGAGGAUACAAUUUCAGAUGACGUGUCUGACUUCGAACUCACCUAUGGCAAUGUCUGA